CACAACAUAUUUUCUAAAAAAACGGAACUCAAUAAAAACAGAGUAUAAACUCAGAUUUUCCAGAAACUCUUAAACAAACUUAAAUUUUUUUUGUUCACAUUUUCUAGGUUUCUCCACCCUUAAAUCCCGGCUCUUAUGUUCUUCUUUUAUUAAAAUAGCUGUUAUGUUUGAGCACUAAAGUUGAUCCCAUUUAAAUUUCUUGCUUUUACUACAUAGGAGUGUGAAAAAUGUGGGUUUGGGUUUUGGUUGGGUUUUAAAAGUAUUAAAAACGGUCGCUGUUAGGUUGUAUGGUUGGUUAAUUUCUUGCUUAUUUUAAAGAAUGAAAAUUAAUAAUUUAUUAAGCAGUUGAAUGGUUCUACAACAAUGGGGGAUUCCACAAAAGUAAGACUUGUUCGGUGUCCUAAGUGCGAAAAUCUUCUCCCUGAGCUAGCUGAUUAUUCUGUUUAUCAGUGUGGAGGUUGCGGUGCUGUUCUCCGAGCGAAAGAUAGAAGUCGCGACGCUGAUACUGUGCCUCGGGAGCCAGAUGAAACUCAAGUUGCUGGAGUUGCUACCGAAUUGCAGAGUUCAGAAGAAAACGGAGUUGUGGAGUUGAGUGAUUCUUCUGAUGUGGAUAAUAAGUCAAAUGCUGGCUCUUUAAACUGCGAGGAAAAGAAUUCUGAGAAGAACGAUACAAAUGAUGUUGCUACAAGCAGUAAAUGUGUUGUUGAUAAUGAUGUUGAUGGGAACCUUAGUGUAGAAAACUUGAAUAAUUCUGUAGGAAGUGAAAAUAACAAUCUGAAUUCUGAACUUAAGCAUAAAGGUAGGUCUUGGAAGUCUGGAGAAAUAUCAGGUUGGGAACGCCGGGAGAAAAGAGAAAUGGCGGGGUUUCAACGAGUUAUGAGUGCUGAGGUUGCACGCCGCGAGAGAAGUGAAAUGGAGGGGGUUCAACGAGUCAUGAGAGCUGAGGUUGAAGGUAUAAGGUUUUCAACUUCAAAUUACCCUGAUGAGGGCCCAUCUGAUUACAAUCAACAGUCUUUGUAUGGGUAUGGGGAAUCAUUAAGGAAACAUGAUGACCAUGUUGCAGCGAGCAAAGUUCAACAACUUGAGAAAGAUCGAGUGGAGCUUCUUAGGAAACUGGAUGAGCUCAAGGAACAACUUAGCAGGUCCUGCGAUGUAGCUGAUAAACCCAAGGAGAGAGGGAGGAUGGCUCCUUCAGAUCCAUAUACUGGUUCUGGUUCUGACCCGUGGUUUCCUGGUGGUUCAUCAAUGCCAGGUACGGCUUCAACACAGUUUUUUGCAGCAGAUAAAUAUGCUGCUAGACCUCCUUAUUUCCAUCAUCAGCCUGAUUUAAAUCCUUAUACCGGUGGGCAUGAAAUGCCUAUGCACAAUUUUCAUCCUUCAAUGCACAACUCAAAUUAUAUUCCUGAUUUUGCUGAUCCAUUUGGGAUAAAAAGAGUCCCACAUCCGUUAUCUGGUCAAUAUCCAUCUGGUCAAUACUUCAAUAGACAUUACUUUGAUUCCAAUUCUGAUCCAUUUGAGCCAUACACAUCCAAUGCAAACUUUCACCAGCCUUCUUGUUCUUGUUUCCAAUGUUACGAGAGACAUCAUGGAGUUCCAGCACCAGUUCCACCUGCUCCUUUCAGCAAUAAAAGGUUCCCUAAUGUUUCAAACAAUCCCAUGAUGUACCAUCAUGAAAAUGCUGGGUCAUUUGGCUCGCAUGUCCGCAACUCCAGGUCUACUGUACCUCCUCAAUUACAUUAUCGCGGUCCCCAAUCCCAUUCAAGAUGGCCAAGUGAUCUUAACCCUGAGAUGGGUGCUUUUGUUCGCUCUCGGCCUCGAAGAGUGGUCAUAGGCAGUGGUGGCCGCUGCUGCCGUCCUAUGGCUGGGGGUGCUCCAUUUUUUACGUGUUUUAAUUGUUUUGAAGUGCUGCAAAUACCCAAGAAAGUAUUGCUAAUGGGAAAGAAUCGACAAAAGAUCCGGUGUGGUUCCUGUUCUACAGUAAUAAAUAUCGCAGUUGUAAACGAGAAACUUGUAUUUUCUGUUAACGCUGCAGUGACACUAGUUCCAACUGAGGUUUUCGAUAGCUCUAUGGAGUUGAUUAAAGACACAUCAUACUCCCAUUGCCGUACGAGCCGGAUGCAUGCUAAUUACUCUUCUGAUGAUUAUGAUAAUUCUGGUUACGACUUCCAAACAGUAGACACAGAUCCACUUGCAUUAUCAACAGGACAGGCUUUGAACUCAAUGAAGCAUCUAGAGAUGAACGGUUUUCAUACAUCUCUGAGUACAUCUGACGAUGAAAGUAGUCCGAGUGCUUCAAUUGCCCCAAGAGAGGCUAUUAACUCUGUUCAACAGCCACUUAAAGAUAGUCUAUCUCCACCUCCUCCCGGUUCACCACUGCAACAUCAUUUCGAUUACUCUUCUAAUAAUAAUGCAGUGAACCGAUUUGGAAAAGGAAAUCGAAGCAGUCGCUCGGAUCAAGAAAAGUUAACAACUUCUAAAGCUACUACACGACAGAAUUCUAUGAAAGAUGCAUCUCUAGCUACUGAGAUAGAGGUGCCAUUUCAUGAGUAUGCUAAUACCGGAGUGUCUCAUGAUUCUGGCGACGCAAACAGAGAAGAUAGUCAGUUAAAAAUUAACAAAGGGAGUGAAUCAUUUCUUGCAAACAUUAUUAAGAAAAGCUUUAAGGACUUUUCCAGAUCAAAUCAACCGGAUGAGCGCAGUAGGAUUAAUGUUUCUGUCAAUGGUCAUCCCAUACCAGAUCGUUUGGUUAAGAAAGCUGAGAAGUUGGCUGGACCAAUCCAACCUGGAAAAUAUUGGUACGACUUUAGAGCUGGAUUUUGGGGUGUUAUUGGCGGUUCUUGUCUUGGCAUAAUUCCUCCAUAUAUUGAAGAAUUCAAUUAUCCGAUGCCAGAAGAUUGUGCUGGUGGAAAUACAAGUAUAUAUGUAAAUGGGAGAGAACUUCAUACAAAAGAUCUUGAUUUGCUCUCUGGUAGAGGACUUCCUUCCGAAAGAGACAGAUCUUAUAUCAUUGAGAUAUCUGGAAGAGUCCUGGAUGAAGACACCGGUGAAGAGCUAGAUAGCCUUGGCAGACUUGCUCCAACAGUUGAGAAGGUAAAGCAUGGAUUCGGCAUGAAAGUUCCAAAAUCAGCUGCGUAAUGAAAUUGCAGGAGACGACGAUCCAAUAUGGCUUCCGGCUAGCGGGAAAUCUCGAGACUAGAAUCGAGGGCCAUCUUAAAUAUAAGAGCAUGAUCCUUGCUCAUGAUGUAUGUUUGAUUGUUAUAAUAUAGGUAAUCAAUAGAAGCUGUAAUAUAUAAUAGAAUGCACUUGAUCAUGUAAGCAUCAAAUUGUCUGAUUGUAUGCAAUGAUGUGGGUUUAUCUAGAUUGAAGUUAGCAACUAAUUUCUUACUCUUAAUCUGUCACUCUGUAAUUGCUACAUAAAAAUGAACUUUUUAUUGAUUUGUUUUUUCUUUUA